GAUGGCUCCUACCUCACCAAUCCAUGUGUUGUAUUGUUGUUUUCGGGAGUGGGGGAAGUUUCUAUUACCAGGGAUGGUUUGAUAACAAUGUCCGAAGUACUGAUGAAAGAAAUGGAGGAGGUAUCGCUUUGUUACAUAAAAACAGAAGAUCACCCGGAAAAUGGUCGGAGUUUUCUUUUGGUUGAUGAACAAGAAAAUCUGCAGGUCCAUGAUGAAGCUCAGUUCCUGGAGAGGCUGGGCUGCGGGGACAUGCUGGGCGUCAAGGUCCUCUCCAUCUUCGGCAAUACGGGCGACGGCAAGUCCCACACCCUCAACCACAUCCUGUUUGGCGGGGAUACCGUAUUCUACACCUCCAAGUCCCCCAGCUCCUGCACAGUGGGCGUGUGGGCCGCCUUUGACCCCGGGCUGGGCCUGGUGGCUCUGGACACAGAGGGCCUGCUGGGGGCGGCGGCCAACCAGAACCAGCGCAUGCGUCUGCUGCUGAAGGUGCUGGCCGUAUCGGACGUGGUGGUGUACCGCACGCGGGCCGAGAGGCUGCACAACGACAUGUUCCAGUUCCUAAGCAGCGCCUCAGGGGCCUACCUGAAGCACUUCACCCCCGAGCUGCGCGCCCUCUCCAGCCGCUGUGGCAUGGACGUUCCCCUCUCCUCCCUGGGGCCGGCGGUCAUCGUGUUCCAGGAGACCACCCACACCCAGCUACUGGGCCAUGAGCGAAUAGAUGUCCCUGGCUAUGCAGACACUCAGCUCCAGAGGCGCUUCCAUGACCUGGGCCUGGGUACAGAGGCCUUCAGCUCAGUGCAGUACGUGGGCACCCAGACCAUCACUCCACCGACCAACUACUCUCUGCUCCUGGAGGCUGUACGCCAGCAAGUCAGGAACACUGCCACACGAUCGCCCCGCCAACCGGCCAUCGUCUUCAGCGCUCUGCAGGCCCUGAGUGACAGGUUCUGUGGGGAGAUCUUAGACAACAAAAUCCCCCUCUACUCCUUCUUCCCUGACGAAUACUUCACCUGCUCUUCAGUCUGCCUCAGCUGCAAUAUCCGCUGUAAGAACGGGAUGAACCAUCUCAGAGACAGAGUCCCUCACCUGGCAGACGGACUGUGUCAGUACGCUCACCAGUACAACAACAAGGUCCUCAUCUGCAAGCGGUGCUAUGAGGGUGGCAGGGAGGUUAUUGUCAUUCCUAAAACCUCAGCCUCCACAGACAACCCCUGGUUUGGGUUGGCAAAGUACGCCUGGUCUGGGUAUGUCCUGGAGUGUGGCAGCUGUGGCAUCAUCUACCGCAGCCGUCAGUACUGGCUGGGCAACCAGGACCCAGAGAGCGGCGUGGUGCGGCCCGAGGUCAAACACGUCUGGGAGGGGUCUGAGGCCUUCCUGACAGACCACCAGAAUGCGGCGCAGAGGGUGCUGGAUGGGAUGAACGUUGUGAUCCAGUCUGUGUCGGAGUACAGCACGGGCCCCACCAAGGCUGUCACGUCCUGGCUCACUGACCAGGUGGCCCCGCUCUAUUGGAGACCCAACACAGACAUCACCGUGUGUCACUGCUGUAAGAAGCCCUUUGAGGAGGCAGAGAGGAAGCAUCACUGUCGUUGGUGUGGCGAGGGCUUCUGCCAGGCCUGUUCCACCCACAGGAUGCCCGUACCUGAGAGAGGCUGGGGAAGCACCCCCGUCCGGGUCUGUGAUGCCUGCCACCGCCAGGGAGGGACCGACACCACCAACCAGGUGUCUGUGGUGGAGCCGCGGGGGCUGAUGGCCCGCAGGUUGACAGAGGUGGCCCAGUCUACUCUAGACAUGGUCACCACUGCAGUGGACUACCCUCUGUGCUUUGUGAAGGGAGUGGCCCGGCCUGACUACUGGAUCCCCGACCAGCAGAUCGUGCAGUGCCAUAAGUGCAGAAAAGCCUUCACCCCCAGUAUGUCCAAGCACCACUGCCGGGCGUGUGGCCAGGGUGUCUGCAGCGGUUGCUCCUCAAAGAGCCGCCCCGUGCCCUCCCGUGGCUGGGACCACCCUGUCCGUGUCUGUGACGACUGCGCCAGCCACAAGGGCAGCCUGUGAGGUCAGGGCAGAGACCAAGGAUACUGUGCUACUAGGUAUCUGAAAUCUAGUGAGAUGCCACGGCACACCACAUUUGGCUUAUCUCCGUCUCUCUAUGCACUAUGAGCCACUGACCUUUUUAAGAGAAAAAUACCCAAUCCAGGUGACCCCUGCCCUAUGGGGAAGGCACUCGAGUGUGAUGUGCUGAAGAAGCACUCUAAACAUGGGACUGCCUCAUCUGAUAUCGACUGCCUAAAAACCAAGAACUAAACUAGCGGGAUAAAGAACUGGACUUCUGACAACUGGAAAGCUGCGACAGUUGUAAAUGACUGAGUAAACCUCCUCCAAACAACCCACUGUUUGCACUGAAAGACAUUAGCCCGACAACUUUUCUGUUUGCACACGUCUCUACUUGCGACCGGGAAGAAUCUUAAUAUUAUUCUUACCUGUUGGGAGUGGCUGAACAUUGAUUAGGUUUUAAUUCGGCUGUGGGCUUGUAGUGGCCAGCCAAGCCUUUGCCUCAGACCCCACCAAGGAGUAUAACAGCUCUGUAACCUGACAGAGGAGACACAUGAAGUGACAUCACAACAUGCUCUUCCUCCCUGAAUGUGAUCUCGGGCAGUGUGCCAUGGUUUUGAGUUGAUGCACAAGGCAGGAAAAUGAAUAAAUAUGCGACAUGCAGACAUUCCAGUUGACAUUAGUACCCCUUUUCACAGCGUCUUGCUGACCCCAUCCAUACUGUGCUGGCUCAUGUAUUUUCCUUGAACAUGGUCCUUUCCAGCAUGGUUCCAGCAACUAGGGUGGCUUAUUAACCAGGUCAGUACUGCUGGGCCCGACUCACUAGUGUGAAAGGGGUAUAGUGUCUUAACAGGUGGGCACUUUUGUGAUCCAUUGAUGUUUUGAAACGAGCACGUUGUUUUUAAUGAAUACGGAGGGUUUAGUUAGUGAAAAGGCACAAGAGGCAGUGCUGUAUCAUGAAUACAGGCGAAUGGCGUUGUUCGGCCCGACACUAGAACGGAGUCGACUUAUUUGCCUGUGACUGUAUUCAUGAUACAGCACUGCCUUGCGUGACUUAUUGUUUUUAGAAAUCUGUUACCAACAUAUUAAAAUAACAAUGAAAUAUAUAUUUUCAUUGACUUUAUUUGAGAAGUAAAUUCAUAAAAUGACCUUAUUCUACCAGGAGAAAAAUAAAAAUCUGGUUCUUUUGGUCAUGUUGCUACAGAUGCGACCAAGUCGUUAAAGAUUUUUGCAUAGUUGCUAUGCAACAGGAUGGUCAUCAGUUCUACUAAACAAAAUGGUUGCUAUGCAAGCAGGAUAACUUUCGUGUCACUAGCUAGCCAACUUCAGCUCAAACAAGUCAAACAUUUAACCUGGAAUGACCGUACACUAGCUACAUUUUCGUUUGAGCUGUUUUCUAUUGGCAUGUACUUGGAUUUGUUCAUGAUAAUGGCUUUGAUGCGUGAUUUCGCCUAGCUCAGAAAAGGUUGUCUCGUCUGGUCACAGAGAAAUUGAAGAGUUAAACAUUGUUUCCGAGGUUGGACAGGCAGACAGCGAGGUUUAUAUUAACCCCGCUAUACCAAAAUAUAUGCUAGUUUGGAAGCAAGGGGAAAUAAUGUGUGAGUUGAGAUAGAGACGAGAUGAUUCGGACAGCAACAGGAACAUGGCAUGAUGGAACUGUUAUCAGGCAUCCAGGAUCCAAACAACCUGUUUAAUUAUUAGAAUUAUUAGCUCGUGUAAUUGUUGGAAGAAAUCUCAAAUUGAAUCGCUUGCUUAUGUAAAGCACAGAUUAUUUGCAGUAAUAUCGUGUCUCCAGUAUCCAUUGAUGUGACUGAUGUUAGCUAUUGAUGUUAGCCGAAUUAAAAAGGCAAUUUCAUUUCUCCAUCAGAUUUUAUUCUCUUUAUCGAGUACUGGAUCCUAUAAUACUUGCCUUCUGUAUAGUCAUAACAAAUUGUUGUUUUAUGCAAUGCGUAUAUACUAUGAGAUUCUGGGUAUAUGACAAUCUUUUUUUUUUUUUUUAUCAGUCUUGUCUGAAUUUUAAUUACCUGAUACUCAUAAUAUACCAGAGAACGAUCGCCUUACGGCGAGGAUAGCUGUGCUGCAAGCCCAGCUUCAGACGCAAUUGUUAGACAAGGGUCAUUUCAAUGUAGGAAAGGAUGAAACAGUGUCUGUGCCACCAGUAAGUACAGAUAGUAACGUUAGUAUAAAUCCCCUCGCACAGUCCCCGCAGCCGGACAACUUUCUCAUGGCUUCUGGAGGGAAAUGCUGUAGGAAUGCUCAACCGGUGUCACUUAUUCAGCCGACAGAAACUUUCAACCUGUUCUCCCCAUGAAGCAGCAAGUUGGAGUGAGAGGCUGAGCCUUCUCUGGUCUCUACUCCUCCCGUUACAGGUUCUGAGACGUCGAAGCCUCCCACCAUAAGCUCUGACCAAUUGAAAACCCUAGUCAUUGGCGACUCCAUUACCCGCAGUAUUAGACUUAAAAAGAAUCAUAAAGCGAUCAUACACUGUUUACCAGGGGGCAGGGCUACCGAAGUUAAGGCUAAUCUGAAGAUGUUGCUGGCUAAAACUGGCGAGUGUAGAGAGUAUAGGGAUAUUGUUAUCCACAAUGUUAGGAUGAAACAUUCAGAGGAUUUACUGUGUUAAAUGAGGCCUCACCUCCUUUUUACACUAGUGACCAUGUCCCUGCGCAUCCCGCAAAGGCGGAGGUGUUGCUAACAUUUAUGAUAGCAAAUUUCAAUUUACAAAAAAAAAAAACAUUUUCGUCUUUUGAGCUUCUAGUCAUGAAAUCUAUGCAGCCUACUCAAUCACUUUUUAUGGCUACUGUUUACAGGCCUCCUGAGCCAUAUACAGCGUUCCUCACAGAGUUCCCUGAAUUCCUAUCGGACCUUCAUGGCAGAUAAUAUUCAAAUUUUUGAUGACUUUACUAUUCACAUGGAAAAGUCCACAGGCCCACUCUGGCUUUCGGAGCCAUCAUCGACUCCAACAUGUCUCCAGACCUACUCACUGACACAGUCAUACUCUGGACCUAGUUUUGUCCCAUGGAAUAAAUGUUGUGCAUCUUAAUAUUUUUUCUCACAAUCCUGGACUAUCGGACCACCAUUUUAUUACGUUUGCAAUCGCAACAAACAAUCUGCUCCGACACCAACCAAGAAUCAUCAAAAGUCGUGCUAUAAAUUCUCGGACAACCCAAAGAUUCCUAGAUACCCUUCCAGACUCCCUCCGCCUACCAAAGGACGUCAGAGUACAAAAAUCAGUUAACCACCUAACUGAGGAAAUCAAUUUAGCCUUUCACAAUACCCUAGAAGCAGUCACACCCCUAAAAACAAAAAACAUUUGUCAUAAGAAACCAGCUCCCUGUUAUACAGAAAAUACCCCAGCUCUGAAGCAAGCUUCCAGAAAAUUGGAACGGAAAUGGCGCCACACCAUACUGGAAGUCUUCUGACUAGCUUGGAAGACAGUACCGUGCAGUAUCAAAGAGCCCUCACUGCUGCUCGAUCAUCCUAUUUUUCCAACUUAAUUGAGAAAAAUAAGAACAAUCCAAAAUGUAUUUUUGAAACUGUCGCAAAGCUAACUAAAAAGCAGCAUUCUCCACGAGAGGAUGCCUUUCACUUCAGCAGUGAUAAAUUCAUGAACUUCUUUGAGGAAAAGAUCAUGAUCAUUAGAAAGCAAAUUACGGACUCCUCUUUAAAUCUGCGUAUUCCUCCAAAGCUCAGUUGUCCUGAGUCUGCACAACUCUGCCAGGACCUACGAUCAAGGGAGACACUCAAGUGUUUUAGUACUAUAUCUCUUGACACAAUGAUGAAAAUAAUCAUGGCCUCUAAACCUUCAAGCUGCAUACUGGACCCUAUUCCAACUAAACUACUGAAAGAGCUGCUUCCUGUGCUUGGCCCUACUAUGUUGAACAUAAUAAAUGGCUCUCUAUUCACCGGAUGUGUACCAAACUCACUAAAAGUGGCAGUAAUAAAGCCUCUCCUGAAAAAGCCAAACCUUGACCCAGAAAAUAUUUUAAAAACUAUCGGCCUGUAUCGAAUCUUCCAUUCCUCUCAAAAAUGUUAGAAAAAGCUGUCGCGCAGCAACUCACUGCCUUCCUGAAGACAAACAAUGUAUACGAAAUGCUUCAGUCUGGUUGUAGACCCCAUCAUAGCACUGAGACAGCACUUGUGAAGGUGGUAAAUGACCUUUUAAUGGUGUCAGAUCGAGGCUCUGCAUCUGUCCUCGUGCUCCUAGACCUUAGUGCUGCUUUUGAUAUCAUCGAUCACCACAUUCUUUUGGAGAGAUUGGAAACCCAAAUUGGUCUACACGGACAAGUUCUGGCGUGGUGUAGAUCUUAUCUGUCGGAAAGAUAUGUUUGUCUCUGUGUAUGAUUUGUCCUCUGAUAAAUCAACUGUAAAUUUCAGUGUUCCUCAAGGUUCCGUUUUAGGACCACUAUUGUUUUCACUAUAUAUUUUACCUCUUGGUGAUGUCAUUCGGAAACAUAAUGUUAACUUUCACUGCUAUGCGCAUGACACACAGCUGUACAUUUCGAUGAAACAUGGUGAAGCCCCAAAAUUGCCCUUGCUGGAAGCCUGUGUUUCAGACAGAGGGAAGUGGAUGGCUGCAAAUGGAUGGAUGCUUGUUCUAGGUCCCAAGAAACAAACAGAUCUUCUGUUGAAUCUGACAGUUAAUUUUGAUGGUUGUACAGUCGUUUAAAAUAAAACUAUGAAGGACCUCACCGUUACUCUGGACCCUGAUCUCUCUUUUGAAGAACAUAUCAAGACUGUUUCAUGGAUAGCUUUUUUCCAUCUACGUAACAUUACAAAAAUCAGAAACCUUCUGUCCAAAAAUGAUGCAAAACAAUUAAUCCAUGCUUUUGUCACUUCUAGGUUAGACUACUGCAAUGCUCUACUUUCCGGAUACCGGAUACAGCUACCUGGAUAAAGCACUAAAUAAACUUCAGUUAUUGCUAAACACGGCUGCUAGAAUCUUGACUAGAACCACAUUUUUUUAUUCAUAUUACUCCAGUGCUAGUCUCUCUACACUGGGUUCCUGUUAAGUCAAGGGCUGAUUUCAAGGUUUUACUGCUAACCUACAAAGCAUUGCAUGGGCUGGCUCCUACCCAUCUUUCUGAUUUGGUCCUGCUGUACAUACCUAUACGUUCGCUACAAUCACAAGACGCAGGCCUCCUAACUGUCCCUAGAAUUUCUAAGCAAACAGCUGGAGGCAGGGCUUUUUUUUUAUCAGGGUCCUGAUAAAGGGUUUCUUUUUCUUCUGAGUUUAUAUUUUAGAUUCUUCAAAGUAGCCACCCUUUGCCUUGAUGACAGCUUUGUACAUUGUUAGCAUUCUCUCAACCAGCUCCACCUGGAAUUAUUUUCCAACAGUCUUGAAGGAGUUCCCACAUAUGCUAAGCACUUGUUGGCUGCUUUUCCUUCACUCUUCGGUCCGACUCAUCCCAAACCAUCUCAAUUGGGUUGAGGUCAGGUGAUUGUGGAGGCCAGGUCAUCUGAUGCAGUACUCCAUCACUCUCCCUCUUGGUUAAAUAUCCCUUACACAGCCUGGAGGUGUCCUGAUUGUCCUGUUGAAAAACACAUGAUAGUCCCACUAAGCGCAAACCAGAUGGGAUGGUGUAUCGCUGCAGAAUGCUGUGGUAGCCAUGCUGGCUAAGUGUGCCUUAAAUUCUAAAUAAAUCACUGACGGUGUCACCAUCAAAGCACCCCACACCAUCACCAUCACACCUCCUCCAUGCUUCACGGGGGGAACCACACAUGCGGAUAUCAUCCGUUCACUUACUCUCCGUUUCUCAAAGAUACAGUGGUUGGAACCAAAAAUCUCAAAUUUGAACUCCACUGGUAUAAUGUCCAUUGCUUGUGUUUCUUGAACCAAGUAAGUCUCUUAUUAUUAUUGGUGUCCUUUGGUAGGGGUUUCUUUGCAGCAAUUUGACCAUGAAGUCUCCUCUUAACAGUUGAUGUUGAGAUGUGUCUGUUAAUUGAACUCAAUGAAGAAUUUUAUUUGGGCUGCAAUCUCAGGUGCAGUUAACUUUAAUGAACUUAUCCUCUGCAGCAGAGGUAACUCUUGGUCUUCCUUUACUGUGGCGGUCCUCAUGAGAUCCAGUAUCAUCAUAGCGCUUGAUGGUUUUAGCGACUGCACUUGAAGAAACUUUCCGUAUUGACUGACCUUCAUGUCUUAAAGUAAUGAUUGACUGUUGUUUCUCUUUGCUUAUUUGAGCUGUUCUUGUCAUAAUAUGGACUCUUUUGUAUACCACCCCUACCAUGAGGAAUGCUUUUCCAAGAGUCUUGAAGGAGUUCCCACAUGCUGAGCACUUGUUGGCUGCUUUUCCUUCACUCUGCUGUCCAACUCAUCCCAAACCAUCUCAAUUAGGUUGAGAUCGGGUGAUUGUGGAGGUCAGGUCAUCUGAUGCAGCUCUCCAGCGGUCCUCAUGAGAGCCAGUUUCAUCAUAGCGCUUGAUGUUUUUUGCGAUUGCACUUGAAGAAACUUUCAAAGUUCUUGAAAUUUUCCGCAUUUACUGACCUUCAAAUCUUAAAGUAAUGUUGGACUGUCGUUUCUCUUUGCUUAUUUGAGCUGUUCUUGCCAUAAUAUGGACUUGGUCUUUUACCAAAUAGGGCCAUCUUAUGUAUAUCACCCCUACCUUGUCACAACACAACUGAUUGCCUCAAAUGCAUUAAGAAGGAAAGAAAUUCCACAAAUUCACUUUUAUCAAGGCACACCUGUUAAAUGAAAUGCAUUCCAGGGUCCUCAUGAAGCUGGUUGAGAGAAUGCCAAGAGUGUGCAAAGCUGUCAUCAAGGCAAAGGGUGGCUACUUUGAAGAAUAUCAAAUAUAAAGUAUAUUUGGGUUUGUUCAACACUUUUUUUGCUUAGUACAUGAUUCCAUAUGUGUUAUUUCAUAGUUUUGAUGUCUUCACUAUUAUUCUACAAUGUAGAAAAUUGUACAAAAAUAAAUAAAAACCCUGAAAUGAG